AUGAACAGUAAUCGUGUCCAUCGGCGGAAACAGUUCUCGAGCUGUGACGCUUGCCGCAAGUCUCGCGUCGCCUGCGAUGCGCUGCGAAAACGCUCCGUACAUGGAGCGUCCAGCCUCGCAACUUGUACCCGCUGUGCGGCUCGGAACCGACAGUGCAGCUUUGAGUGGAUGAAGAAAGUGGUCUCCAGGGCCGACGGGUCAAGUCCUUCCUCUGAUCGCUGGAAUUCCCUCCUGUCUCCCCCUCCAUCUUAUGGUCGAGGCCAAGAGGAUUCUUUCCAUCUUUCUCCACAAUUUCAUGACUUGGGCGCGGAAUCGUCUCAGCACGGCGUGGACGGUAGUCCCGCGCAGGCUGAUCAUGGAACACCGACACCCUCGGCCCGAUCUUCGUUAACCAGUUUAGAAGUGACGGACUGGUUGCGAUCGAUGUAUGAAGAUGUCUUUGAACAAGUCUUCGGUUCGUGGCUUGGAAAUUAUAGCUGUCCUUUCUCUUUCGGCGAAAAUGGUCAUCUAGAGGGUGGGACGAGUGACAACCCGAGGUUUUCCAUCUCAGUCAGCAUUUCUUCUCUUUGCCGACAGUUUGAUCAGUUGAUGAGGGACCUGGAAAAACAAAGCUCUACGGGAUCGCGAGCGCAGCCCCCCACACAAGCCGACUUGGUAAAGGAAUGGCAGAUCGAAACCACCCUCAAUCAGGCUAUCCAGACCUUUUCCGCCCGGUGGCUGCCCCUGACCUUCGAGUUCGAUGCCGAAAAGCAGGCACAGACGCCUCUCAUUCAGAGUCUCUGGCGGGAAUUACGGCAGAACCUCCCAAGAUCCAUGAAUAGACCAUGCUAUCGAUCGAUGCUGAGUCUGUAUCUAUUUGCCAUGGUCCCCGUCCCCGUCGGCAUACCGGAGGACGAGGAAGAAAAUGGGGUGCCUGCGCAAGUGUGCGUCCACGCUGCCUUGCAACAGGUGCAGUUUUUGCGUGCACGUCAAAGGAGUCUCGAAUUCAAUGGAUCCAAAGUCUCAUUGCUGUCGGAUCAAGCGACGCCCAUCUCGACACCAGAGCAAAUACGCUCCGAGUUCAUUCACAUCGAAAGCAUGAUAUACUGGGCUGCUAUGACAUUCGACACUUCCUCGGCUCUGACGUUCAAUACCAAAUCCAUUCUUUCAUCCGGGCUCCUGGGUUGGGAAGCCGAAUCCUCCUGGCGAAUGGUCCAGACUUGCACGAACAUCUUUCACGAACAAUCUGAGCGGUGGCGCACCAAUGGAGUUUUGGUGACCGAAGAGACUGCCAAUCAAAUCAUUGGCGCAGCUCAUGCAUGGAAACUGCGCGUGUGGAAGAUGGGCACCAUCUUGAAGGAAGCUCUUCGAGAGGGACAUGGUGAGGAUGCUGUUUACCAUGCGUACAGCUCCGCAGCGGAAGCGAUCAGACAAUUCAAUGUCACCUAUCGCCCCUUGUUGGCGGCAUUCUUCAUCUUCCUAUCUGGCUUUGAGAAACAAGACUGGGUGCUGAUUGUCCUCUUCUUUGCAACAGAUGAGCUGAUGGUACACCAUCACUUGAGCAUACUCAUCAUGAUCGAUGCGAUUGAAAUUGCGUCAAGAGAGGACAUUCUCGAAAAGAUGAGUGUGACAAAGUCGGACGCACAAGGGAGUCUGCUGAAUUGUCUACAGUUUGGCUUGAGUAACCAUUUUACUAUUCCCACCCGGCAGGGCUCAGAUUACAGUGUUGGGCCAUUCCCGCUAGUUGCGAUUGACCCUUAUCCUCACCACCUGCUUGCCGGUGUGCAACUCUUGUGGAAAGGCAUUGAGAGGGACUUUGACGAUGGCCAAAUAGACCAGACGACAUGCGAAAACCUGCAGUCGAUUCUGCUACAAACCCUUGAGCUUCUGCCCCAAACAUCCAAAUCAGUUCGCAAAGGUACCGAACAGGCUCGGCUGGCAUUUCUUCGGCGAGGAGUCCCGUCUUCAGGCUCGUCGAUCUGA